CUUUCCAGGAGAAACUCAGGACUGCACUGGCUCCACUGCAGGAGAAGCUAGAAGCCUUUAAUUCAGUGAAGCUAAUCUGUGAUCAAACAGCAGAGCACAUCAAGAGCCAGGCCCAGCACACAGAGAGACAGAUAAAGAUGGAGUUUGAGAAACUUCAGCAGUUCCUAAAAGAUGAAGAGGCAGCCGGGAUCACUGCACUGAGGGAGGAAGAGGAGCAGAAGAGUCAGAUGAUGAAGGAGAAGAUUGAGAAGAUGACAGAAGAGAUAUCAUCCCUUUCAGAACAGAUCAGAGCCUUAGAACAGGAGCUGGGAGCUGAAGACGUCUCAUUCCUGCAGAGCUACAAGGACACACAAGACAGAGCCCAGUGCACACUGGAGGAUCCAGAGACGGUCUCAGGAGCGUUGAUUGAUGUGGCCAAGCACCUGGGAAAUCUGACAUACAGAGUGUGGAAGAAGAUGCUGGGGACUGUUCAAUACACUCCUGUGACUCUGGAUCCAAACACAGCAAAUUCCUACCUCUCACUGUCUGAGGAUCUGACCGGUGUGAGAAACAGAGAUGAGAGACAGCAGGUUCCUGAUAAUCCAGAGAGAUGUGAUGGGUGGUUGUGUGUGUUGGGCUCUGAGGGAUUUAGCUCAGGGAGACACUGCUGGGAUGUAGAAGUGGGGGGUGGGGGCUGGCGGGCGGGUGUGGCUAAAGAGUCCAUCAGCAGAAAAGGGCAUGUGGAUCUGAACCCAGCAGAAGGAGUGUGGUGUAUAGGGCUGACCAGUCCGGGAUACAGAGCCAUGACCUCCCCACCUACACGCCUCACUGUGCAGAGGAAACUCCAGAGGGUCAGAGUGCAGCUGGACUGGGACAGGGGGAAGGUGUCAUUCUCUGACCCCAGUGACAACACUCCUCUCUACACGUUUAAACACACCUUCACUGAGAGACUGUUUCCAUUCUUUGGUACUCUGGAGACUGUGCGGAUCUGUCCACUGGAGGUGUUUGUAAGUGUUAAAUAGCAAUGUGGGAUUGUGGGUAAACAUCAGUUGAAGUAAAACUCCAAGCAGGUGCUAGGGAAAAAUGCCCUUUUUAACAUUUCACAGGUGAGCAUUGUUUGAUGAAACAGAUCCCAGUAAAAACAACGAUAGCUAUACUUGAGUUUAUCUUUCGUAUUUAUUUGCAAAGAAAUGAGAGAAAGUGAGAAAGCUUACCGGCUUUCUGAUUUGCAUCAGACACAGUAAGACUCUUAUACACACUUUUCCUGAAGGGGGGGCUUUACCAAAACAAAAAGACAUGAAGCUGGCCACGAACAUUUAUCAGUAUUUUGUCUUCUGAAUACCCCUUGUUGACCUUGCCGUGAGACUGGAAUGUGCCAGCUGCCGGCUGUCGGGUUUGGGGGCGUGACGCAGCUGUUUCCUGUUUGACUAAUGGAGUCAGGAGUCAGGUUUAAAAGAAGCAGGUAAGGGGCAGACGCGAGAGAGAAGCCGGGGUUGAAUGUUGGGUUCCGCGAACGGAAUUUUAAACUG